UUCCUGUUCAAAUUUGAAAAGCGGAUUUUUUAUCCUUUCUUUCCUUUACCCUCACUCUUUACGUUUUAUGCUUUAUAUGUGACCAUUUGUAGUUAUAAAGCCUCCAAUAAGCAAUCUUCAUCAAACAGCUCAAAGAAGAAGCAUAAGGAGGAGUAGAAUAGAAUCUGUUUCCUCAUAAGAUGAGCACUGCUAGGUUUAUCAAGUGUGUAACUGUCGGGGAUGGUGCUGUCGGAAAAACUUGCAUGCUUAUCUCCUACACCAGCAAUACCUUUCCAACGGAUUACGUGCCUACUGUAUUUGAUAACUUCAGUGCAAACGUGGUGGUGGAUGGAAGCACUGUGAAUCUUGGGCUCUGGGACACAGCAGGUCAAGAAGAUUACAAUAGACUAAGGCCUCUUAGUUAUAGAGGAGCUGAUGUAUUCUUACUAGCCUUCUCACUGAUCAGCAGGGCCAGCUAUGAGAACAUAUCCAAAAAGUGGAUUCCUGAACUGAGGCAUUAUGCUCCAAAUGUACCAAUUUUGCUGGUGGGAACAAAACUUGAUUUACGUGACAACAAGCAAUUUCUGAUCGACCACCCUGGUGCUACAACUAUCUCAACUGCGCAGGGGGAAGAGUUGAAAAAGAUGAUUGGCGCUGCUGCUUAUAUUGAAUGUAGCUCCAAGACUCAGCAGAACGUGAAAGCUGUUUUUGAUGCUGCAAUCAAAGUGGUAUUGUGCCCUCCAAAGCCAAAGAGAAAAAGGAGAAAGCAAAGAUCUUGUUUAAUUCUUUAGAUAAAUGAGUGAAAUAAAUUCCAUUCGCCAUGCGAUUUCUAUUAUCCUAUACAUGGAAGGGUUGCCGUUGCUCUUUGUUCAAAACAAGUGUUUCGUAAAUAAGAUUAUGAGAGUAGGGUGUAAGACCUCAUGGAUUGCUUGUUUUGGUUCUUUGUUUUUUCCUUCAAUAUGGAAUUAUGUUAGAAGAUAUUUUGAUGUUUGCAUCACUUCUAAAAUGUGCAGUCGAAUUGCCAAAAUUAUGU